AUGUUAAAAUUGAUUGAUAAACUAUGUAGCACUCUCAAAUUGCAAUUAGAACUAUGUUCUUUGACAAAUGAUAUUUUAGAAACCAACGUCGUGAGGUUUUUAAAAGAUUGUGUAAUUUACAUAUUUCAUAUUCCAAUAGAACAAGACAUUGAAUAAUAUUUUACAAUCUCAGAGAUCGAUAAAACCAUGCUCAACAUUCAACAAUAUUUGAAUUCUAUCCUCAAAAAGAACCACUUUAAAAACAUAUUUAAGAAUGAAGGCUUUUAAUCAGGAGAAUAAAGUUCAAGCGAUGAAUUUGAUUCCAUUGUGCAAAAAAAGCCUAAAACGCACAAAAUCUAUUCAUUAGAACAUAAACCAACUGAUAUUCCUGUUUCGGAAAAUGAUCUAUCCCAGCUAAAUACUCUCCAGCAGUUAUUAUAUGAAACCAACCUCAAAGUAACUAAAAGAGAUGAAUAAAUUUUACAGAUGACCACCAACUACCUGAAAGACAUACAGCAUCUCAAAUUAAUGUUUCUAAGGUAACUGGAAAAUCCAGAUGCCGAAUUUUUUGAAGUUAAUUACUUUGAUAUCAAAUAGACACUAGAACCUGAAUUGUAGAACUAUAUCCAAGAUAAAUUUAAUCAGUUAUAGAAAUAAUGUUAAUAGACUGUGCAGAGAUAUAAAAUUGAAUUAACUGCUCUAAGUACAGAAUGUGAAUCUCACAAGAGGACUAUUUCAGUUCUUUUAUAAAAUAAUACACUCUAAUCCAUCAUUAAAAUGCUAUUUUUGAUCGAAAAGGAUCCAUAUAAGAUUUGGAAGCAAAUAUAAGAGUAGGUUGGAAAUAAAAUAAUUUUUCAAGUCUUCGAGAAUUAAAUUGGUGGAUAUGGAAUUAAUUACAGGGAAAUAGAUGAACUCAUCUCAAAAAACUCAGCUGGAGGCAGAAUGUUCUAAAGAUAGAAAUAAUUAUAUGAGGAUUAACUAAAAAUUAUGAUUGAUGAGAACAUUCAAAUAAUAGAAAAUCUCAAAUAAGAAAUAAAGAUCAAAGAUUAAACUAUUGAAGAACUAUAAGCAUCUCGUGAGGAAAAUGUAAAUAAAGUUUUUGAAUAAUAACAGGAUCUCAUAGAGUAGAAAUUGAAAGAAUAAUAAUUAAAUCUAUCAUCAGAAUAUGAGAAGAAAUUAAAAAGUUAAUGGAAAGAUUUGUCUGAUCCUCAAUUGAUUAGAAAAAUUACGAUGAAAUGUGCUUUUGCAAGAUGGAGUAAUUACUCUAAAUUUUAUCAGCUUUUUGAAUAAGAAUUAGAUGAGGAUAGUUUGUAUGAAUUGAAAUAAAGAAUUAAUCAUUAUCUGAAAUCAGUAAAUGAUGAAUUUACCAUUAAAGAUUAUGAAAAGUUAAUUUAGAAUUACUAGUAAGCUCAAUACAAUAUAUUAAAAAUUGAGUAAGCAAAAAAUGUGAUUGAAUAGAAGUGCAAAUCCUAAUCAUUAGAAAUUUAAAAAUGCAAAAAUACAAUAUAAAUGUAAAUUUAAAGUAUUCAAUCUUUAAAGCAGGAAUUGUAAAAUAGUGAAUCCACAGUUUAAAUUAAUAACAAAACCCUUUUGCUCAAUUUUUAUAAAAAUUAGGCUAUCCAUCCAAAAUUAAAUUUAUUGGCUAUUUUAAGAAGCGGAAUAAAUUUAGACUUCUUCAAAAUGAUGAUCCAGAAAUACAAUCUAGUUUAGUUACAUUCUUUUAAUUAGCUAUUGCUUAAGAGGCUGAAACAAUCACAGAGUUUUUUGAUAUAUGCUAUAUCCUAGGAGUUGAAUGAGGAUAGCAAUUUCUAUUAACAUCAAUUCCAGUCUCCAGAAGUACCCCUAAUAUAAUUACAAAUCACUGACCUGGCAAUCAGUCCGAAAGAUCAAUUAAAUUUUUCGAAUAUGGAAAAUAAAUUCCCCAUAAAAGGAACCCAAAAGACUUCCAACUAUACAAAUUAAACUCCUAAAUCAAAUCGAGUUCAAAAUUACUCCUAAAUCAACACGCCUAAGAUUACGCAAAAAGAUAGAAAAAUUGAAAAUAUAUCAGUAAAGAGAGAUAAAAAGAGUUAAAAGUAAUUAAUAGAAGCUGCUUCGACUGGAUUCUAAAAAUAGGUUGAGAAGGUUAGAAUAAAAGAACAUCUAAUGAUAUAGGAAAUUAAUUAUUAGGACUAAGGAGUUUAAGUUGAUAUGGAUUUUCAAUAAACUCGGUUUAAAAAUAGUCCAUAAGUACAAUUUAGAGAUAUUGAACGGAGUUCUCCUUAAUAAGAUGUUUUAGUAAUUAUGAGGGAGGAUGCCGAUUCAAGAUCUUCUUCUGUCACAAAACACAGGAGUGUUAGUCAAAAUAAUAGGAAAUAGCAGUUUAAUAUUCCAAAUUAAUUUAUCAAUAAUCAAAACCUAACUUUGUAUUAAGCUUCUAAGUAGAAAGCAUAAAAUAGGACAAUCUACUCAGAAUAAUAUCAAAUUUAAUAAAAUGUAAAUUUAGGACUUGGAUUAUUACCUACUAGUCCAUUUUAAUUUUAUUAGGAGUUGUUUAAAGAGAAGUAAAAGUUGUAAAUGAAGAAUUACACUAUAAUUAAGAAUUAGGGAAUUCAGGUAUAGAAUAUUAAUAAGAGAAAACUUGAUACAAGUAUAGAAGGGAAACACUUGCAAAUUCCAAGUUAUUUAAAAUGA